AUGGAAAACAAGGUGUUGUUUCUCUGGCUGUGGCCGGUAUCUUUCAUUCUCAAUAUCUUCCUGUCCCUCCGCUACGCCCUCCGGCAUGGCUUUUCCAGCAUGCCCAGUGCCCGCUUCAGCUGGCCGAACGGACAGGGAACAGCCAAAUUCUUCGACGGACACAAGGCGGCCGUCCGCUGGCGCAGGGAAUUAGGCCGUCUGUACCGUAUCUGGGACGGCACAAGCCCUGAGAUAGUCCUGACACAACCACACCAUCUGCAGCAAUACUUCCGCCACUCGCACGACCACGUCAAGUCCAGCGACAACAACGCCGGCUGGCUCUUCCACGAACUGCUGGGCAGCUGCGUCGGCGUGGUGAGCCGCGAUCAAUGGCGUAACCUGCGCAAGGAGGUUGACGGGCCCUUCACCCGCCCAGCAGCCAUGAACCAUACCGCCAUGAUUAUAAGCAACGUCCGGCGCUUCCUCCAUCCGUUCCAGGACGAGGAGAGGAUCCUCGACCCGGUCAACGACCUGAAAGCCUGUGCCUUCUUCGUCGUGGCAGAGAUCUUCUUCGGCGAGCUAUCGCUCAAGCAGAGACUCGCGUUGGAAAAGAUCGCCCCCAUCCGCGAGGGGCUGUUCAAACAUGCCUUCCAGGGGGGGGUGAACCGCUAUCCCAUCCUCCGCCACUGGCCGGGUUCGGCGAAUGCAGAUCUGCAGCAGUUUCAGCGCCAGUGGGAGACGCUGGUUCUGGAGGGGUAUAGCCAUGCCCAGCGACAAAAGCUUGCCUCUCCUAUCGUUGUCUUGUGGGAUGCAGUCGCCGAGGGGAGGAUUUCCAAGGCCGAGCUGCUGCAAACCCUCGACGAGUCGCUAUUUGCCAACCUCGACGUGACUGCGAUUGCUGUCUCGUGGAUGAUCAUCCAUCUGGCUCUUCAUCCCGCCAUUCAGGAUGAGCUACGGCAGCAGCUGGCCCCGGUGAAGGAUGACGAUGACCAGUACCGCCAGUAUCUCAAUCGUGACGAUACAUUGCUCGCCUGGUGUGUCUACGAGUCUGCCAGAUUGAAGCCUAUCUUGCCGUUUUCGAACCCCGAGUCUGCAAUGACCGACCAUAUCAUCGACGGAUAUCUGGUUCCUAAAAAUGUCGAUGUCAUUGUCGAUACCCAUGCCAUCAACGUGGACAACCCCUUUUGGGGCUCCAACGCAACAGGGUACGACCCGCACCGCUUUGCCGUCCUGCCCAGCGACCAGCUGCGCUAUAAUCUGUGGCGGUUCGGGGUCGGUCCAAGAAAGUGUCUGGGACGGAAUGUCGCUGACCGGCUGUUGCGCACCAUUGCGGCGGAGAUGGUGCUCUCCUUCGACAUGCAGACGGAGGGGGGGGAGAUUUGCGUCAAGGAGGAGAGCUGGAUUGGCUUGCCGGAUACAAAGGUGCGGGUGAUGAGUGUGAAUAGACAUAUGUAGGCCUUGUGUUUUGCUUAAUAUGACAUCAAUAAAGAUAU